GGGGGGGGGGGGGGGGGGGGGGGGAUCCCCCAUGGCCAGCAGACCAGGUCUCUUCACGAGAGCCGACUCGCUCUGCUCCUCCUUCCAGAUCCAAUCCAUGGCGAUGUGUGCUACAACAAGCCUGCCAGCCAUGAGAAAGACGAUUCAUAAACUGUAUUGCCGCGUCGAUUCCUAAGAGGUCAAGUUGAUGCAUCCAGCAUAUACUAGUCAAGGCUAACUGGUAUACGCAGUCUUUGCUACUUUUCUUUCAUAUAAGAUGGACCUUCGAGAAAGUAUGGUAGCAGAUAUGAUCCAAAGGGAUGAUAGAUCAAAGUGGUUAUCACAUAGCAAUCAUAACAUAAAAUCCUUCACAGAGGAUGAGAUAAGAAGAAUUACCAGCAACUAUGAAACUAUCAUUGGAAAAGGCGGCUUCGGAGAAGUUUGCAAAGGUGUUCUCCAAGAUGGAAGAACAGUUGCAGUCAAGAGAUUUAUCCGUAAUGAAGAGGAAAAUUUUGCCAAAGAGCUGAAAGUCCACUGUGAAAUCAACCACAAGAAUGUAGUUAGGCUCAUAGGCUACUGUGCCGAGGAAAAUGCCUUAAUGAUUGUCAGUGAGUACAUAUCCAAAGGGAAUCUCAGCGAUGUUCUUCAUCAUGAAUGCAUUCCCAUCACGUUGGAUACACGACUGCGGAUCGCGGUGGAGUGUUCAGAGGCACUGUGUUACAUGCAUUCACAAAUGUAUACUCAGGUCAUUCAUGGUGAUAUCAAGCCUGCCAAUAUACUAUUAGAUGACAACUUCAAUGCAAAAGUAUCCGACUUUGGAAUAUCAAGACUUGUGAACACAGACUCGACCCUUUUCACUGAUCGUGUAAUAGGGAGCAUAGGUUACAUGGACCCUUUGUUUGCCCGCAGCGGGCGUCUCACCUCGAAGAGUGAUGUUUACAGUUUCGGAAUUGUUCUGGUUGAAUUGAUCACAAAGAAAAAGGCAACAACAAGAAAUGGGGGGACCAGCAUAGUUGAAUGUUUCACCCAAGCUCUUGCGACAGGGAAGAGAAGGGUGAGAGAUCUGUUCGAUGUUGAAAUCUCAAGCCAGAACAACAUGAAGGUUCUUGAAGGGGUUGCAGAGCUGGCAGGACAAUGUUUGAGGAUGGAGAUGGAUAGACGCCCUGAGAUGACAGACGUGGCAGAAUGUCUUCGGGCACUUAAGAAAACUCAAGUUCAAGGAAAACAAACACCAACUAUUUUUCCUUGGGGGUGGAGGAACAAGCCAGCUGCUCUAAACAACCAGCAAUCUUCUAGCUCAGUCACGCAACAAUCUUUGCUACCCAACUUGUACCGCCAUUUCUCACUUAGGGAGUUGAAAUCUGCGACAAGAAACUUUGAUAACUCACACCUUCUUGGUCAGGGUAUACAUCGUAGAGUUUACUAUGGAGUGAUUUAUGGGGGUCCAACCAAGGUGGCUGUCAAACGUGGCAGUGUUGACUAUGAUGGAAGUGACUUCCAGACAGAGAUAGCGAUGAUGGCAAAGCUCCGUCACGAUCAUCUCGUACCAUUGGUCGGUUACUGCAAAGAGGAAAACGAGAUGAUACUGGUCUACGAUUACAUGGCUCGUGGCACCCUGCGUGAGAACCUUUACGCUAACAACACCGAGGAGCCACCUCUUAGUUGGAGGCAGCGUUUAGAGAUUUGCAUAGGUGCUGCUCAUGCCCUGCAUUACCUUCACGAGUGUUCCUUCAUCCCCAAUUAUGUGUCGACGACAAACAUUCUCCUGGAUGAGAGAUUGGUUGCGAAGGUUCCAUGUAAAGUCUCGGUGCCGCAUAAUCUCACGCAUACAAUAUAUAAGGAUUACGUCGAUCCUCAGUUUUACCGCUCUUGCAAACUCACAGAGAAAUCCCAUGUAUAUUCCUUUGGUGUUGUGCUAUUUGAGGUUUUGUGUGCACGGGCUGCUUAUGAUCUCAAUCUUCCAAGAAGACAAGCUCACUUGGUAAAAUGUGCCCUUAGUUGCCAAAAGAAGGGCAUCCUUGAUCUGAUUGUUGAUCCCUAUCUUGAAGGAAAGAUUGCUCCGCGGUGCUUCAACAAGUUUGUGGAGAUUGCUGAGAAAUGUGUUAGUGAACAUGGUACAGACCGCCCUACAAUGCAAGAAGUGCUUGAGAGCCUGGAAUUGUGCCUUGCAGAACAAAGUGGAAGCCUUGGUGAUGAGAUGCCAGGCGAUGAUGACAUUAAUGGUCUUUCGAGGAGAGAACGUCGGCUGAACCUAGAGAUGUACCUUGCAGAAGACGAUGAUGAUUGCAGCUAUUGUAGCGAGAUAUCGAAAUCUGAAGAUGAUGGCAUGGAUGGAGAUGAGCAAUUUGCAGAUUGUAUGGAUUCCGAAUUGCCAGUGGCUUGAUGAGCAGGCAAGAAGUGUUUUCACGACCAAUCUUCCUACCGUCAAUGCUCUCUCCUCUCCACUGACGGAUCAUGCCAGAGAAUCCUUCCAUGCAUGUACACUGCAUAAUAUGUCCCUUUCUUUUUUUUUUUGAGGAAUGAUGAAUGACCAAGAGCUGUUCCAGCAUGAACCCUCUGGGUGUUUCACAAUUACUACAUUUGUUGAGACGGUCAAAUUUGUGGAUUUUUUUUUUUCGAUGGAACUACGAGCGAAAUUCGGCCUUAUACCCUAUCCAAUAAAAGAGAACCA